AUGGCUAUCAACAAUGGUGAGACCCAGGCUGCCGGCUUCGAUAUUGCCUCGGAGCCCGUCCAGUUCGUCUGGACGUUCAGCGUUCUCGGAUUCGCUGUUUCCCGACGAGACUUUCGCACACCCACGCCUUUCGACCGGGCCUCGAGGCCUUCAACUACGUCUGGGGCUCGAGGCCGACUACUUGUUCACUUUCCUAUUUCUCAAUGGUACGACACAAAACCCACAGGGAUCUUCGCGAUGCUGACGUUGAACAGAGACUUUCGAACACCCAAGGCUUCACUUUCUCCGAGGCGUCGGAGAUCAGCCACCAAGUUCGUCUGGGUGGGCUCCGGCGCCAGGAGCUCCGACCUUCCGGAGCACGCAGUUCGCGUGUUCCCAAGUCUCCAAGUGCUCAACUGGGGACCUUCUCAAUUUCAUCACGAGACUUUCGAACACCCAAGACACCGCUACCCCGUACGAUCGAUUCUCGGUGGCGGCUGCGUCUGCCACCUCCCCCAUCGAACGAUGGCCCUGAUGCGGGAUACUCGCUACCCUUUCGCAGGACGUUCGAUUGUCUCGCUGCCCGCUGCAACCGCUGACGACGCGGAGGAUGAUGUUUCCGAGAUCAGCUGGAAGAAUCUUUGGUGCGAGUAA